AUGUACAACACCGGAUCGUCUUCCUCGAUUUCAGUUGCAUUAGACGAUUUCAACAAUGAUAAUCGAGUGGAUAUUAUCCUUGUCAAUAAUGGCACAGACAACAUAGUUAUCGUUUUUAGAGGAAACGAUGACGGCUUUUCACUUCAAUCGACGUAUUCAGUUGGUUCAUGGCCAGUAUCUAUAGCCGUUGGUGAUUUUAACAAUGACAAGCAAUUAGAUAUCGUGGUCGCUAACUUCGGCGACGAUAAUAUCGGUAUACUUCUCGGUCAUGGAGAUGGUUCAUUUGAUCAGCAAAAGAAAUAUUCAGUUGGUGAGUGUUCAGCCACUCUAGCUGUUGCUGAUUUUAACAAAGACAAGCGGCUGGAUACCAUUGUCAUUAAUCCAUUGUUCAAUAUUAUCCUUGUACUUCUUGGAGAUAGCAAUGGGUCAUUCUCUAUUACAAUGACGUAUUCAGCUGGUUUGGAUCCUCGAUCUAUAACUGUUUGUGACUUCAACAAAGACGAACAGUUAGAUAUCAUUUUCGUUAAUCAUUACGCUAGGAAUGUCGGUGUACUUCUUGGACAUGGUAAUGGUUCGUUCGAUAAGCAAAAGACUUAUCCAGUUAAAGGAUUUCCAACCUCUGUAGUUGUUGGAGAUUUCAACGACGACAGCCGACAAGAUAUAGCAGUCGCUAGUAAUGACAAUCAAGUUAGUGUACUCCUUUAUUAUGAUACCGGAGACUUCGAAAAAACAGUAGCCUUCGCAGCUGGAAUUGGUUCUUAUUUAAAAUAUGUUGUUGCUCGCGAUUUCAACAAUGAUAGUAAUCUGGAUCUUGUUGUUGCCAAUAGUGGCACCGACAAUAUUGGUAUUCUUCUUGGAUUUGAAAAUAGUUCUUUUGGAAAUCAAAAUGCAUUCAGAAUUGGCUCACUUUCUCGCCCAUCCUUGAUAGCCAUUGGAGAUUUUAACAAUGACACUUAA